AUGCCUAACUCAAGUGAGCAGUCGCAUUUUGUUGGCGCUCUGGGCCAGCGGGGUCUUCAAUGGACUGAAGGCCAGAAGAGGACUGCAAGUCGCUGUCACUACUGUGGCAACAUUGCAGGGCAUAGGAAUUCUUUGGCACUCGGCGGGGAAGACUGUGGAAUUUGUUUUCACUUAGGUCUUGGUGAGAAACAGGAUCCAGUCCUCCAGCCAUCGCUGUAUAGGCCGAUCCAGCAGGACCGGCAUGUGCAGCAGCUACUGAGGAAGAACUCUAUGCCUGAUCUGAGCAACAGCAUCUACCUUAGGCAACUGAUGGCAGGCCGGGCCUCUGCACCACCUCAGGAUUAUUACCUGGCUGACACUACCUUAUCUGGUCAACCGCAUGAAGAGUCUGGGUUUUAUAGGGAUAACCAGCACAUGCUCACCAGAUCAGCCUUGCAUUAUGGGCCCAGUGCUGGGGGGGUGAGGACUAUCUGGGAUCAAGGACAGGCAAGGGCUACACCUUCCGUGCUUGCCUCUACGUCUACCACUAUGCCCCCUCCCCCCCCCCCCCCCCCGCCUCUUCCGCCACCUCCUCCCCCUCCUGUUCAUGAGCUGAGCCGUUUGUACAGGGAAACUCUGGGAUCUAAGAUGAUCCCAGACGGCCAGCGUAUUGGUGGCAGGUCUCCCUCUCCCGCAUUCUACGGGGUUCAGCCCCAUCUUCCUAUUUACGCUGCUGAGCCACCGUCUUUCUCUGAUCAUCAAGCUUAUAACAUAAUCAACAGCUUGUCACUGGACCCCUGCCAGCCAGCUGCCACCAGAUCUGUGGUGGACCCCGCUUCUCAGGGAAUGGACGGAGCUCUCCCCCGGGGUUAUGGAGCUGUGGCCUCCCAAAGGCUGCCUUAUGACCCAAACUAUGACCCCAGCUCAGCCAUGGUGGCUGCCACAGCUGGAAUGACAUCCAGCCUGCCAUCUCACCAUCCCAGUGCUGCAGACCCUAAGAAGAUGGUGGACCCUACCUUUUUGUCUUUCCUGCGAGCUGAAGGCUUGGCUGAGAGCACCAUCACUCUCCUGCUGCAACAUGGCUUUGAUUCCACUGCCACGCUGGGAAUGAUGGAGGACCAUGAUGUCCGCUCUGUGGCCCCUAACUUGGCCCAAGCCCGUGUUCUGUCCCGUGUGGUGCUUGGUUGCAAGGCAGGCGGAAUGGCAACACGUGCCCGAUCCAACAGCUUCACCCACCGCAGUGACCUCUACAUGCAGCCUCAGGGUUUGACCAUGGACCCCAGCCUGAUGCAGCAACCUCCCACCACCAUCCAGACUGUGUCCCCCAGGAUGGGAGAGUUUCUUGGGAGAAGACCCAGCAGCGCACCCUCCCAACACCUCCUGGAGACCACCACCUACCCAGGAGCACGACCCAUGGCAACUGGAGCAUUCCCAGUUAGCCCUGGAGGAUAUAGCAGUGGUAUGACUCAGGGAAGACCCCUCAACAUGUACAAUGCCCACACCGGUCUUGCCAUGUCUGCUCUUGGACAACAGCCUCCACCAGCUCCGGGCACCCCUGGAUUGGCGCCCAAAACCUUCUCUGGCUCCUAUUCCCCCAUGGAGCUGAUGAAGAGAGCCCCCAACCUUCCCCUAACAUCGCCAGUAGCAGCGCAAAGCCCUCUUCACAGCCCCCAACUUCUCCGGAAAGGGAUCAAUGCUGCUCCUGAAAACACAAUUGUUCCCGUAACUUCUUCCUCCACUCUCCAAGCGCAAUACCAAAACAACACCAAGAUGGUAGGACGUCGCACUGGUCCACCUGUCAUAGUCUCAACCAUGGCCCCCACACCUGACACAAGUAUUCGGCCCCAAAUCAUGAACGGGCCAAUGCAUCCACGCCCCCUGGUGGCGCUGUUGGAUGGACGUGACUGCACCGUGGAGAUGCCCAUCCUUAAAGACUUGGCUACUGUCGCUUUCUGUGAUGCUCAGUCCACACAGGAGAUACAUGAGAAGGUGCUCAAUGAAGCAGUGGGAGCCAUGAUGUACCACACCAUCACCCUGACCAGAGAGGACCUGGAAAAGUUCAAAGCUCUACGCAUCAUCAUCCGCAUCGGCAGUGGUUACGACAACAUCGACAUCAAGGCUGCUGGAGAGCUGGGCAUUGCUGUGUGUAACAUUCCCUCGGCAGCUGUGGAGGAGACGGCAGACUCCACUCUGUGCCACAUCCUCAACCUUUAUCGGCGAAACACCUGGCUCUACCAGGCUCUCCGGGAGGGCACGCGGGUCCAGAGCGUAGAGCAGAUCCGCGAGGUGGCUUCCGGCGCCGCCCGCAUCCGUGGCGAAACCCUGGGCCUCAUAGGCUUCGGUCGUUCUGGCCAGGCGGUAGCGGUGCGGGCCAAGGUUUUUGGCUUCAACGUCAUCUUCUAUGACCCCUACCUGCAGGACGGCCUGGAGCGCUCGCUGGGUGUCCAGCGUGUCUACACGCUACAGGACCUGCUCUACCAGAGCGACUGCGUCUCCCUGCACUGCAACCUGAACGAACACAACCACCACCUCAUCAACGACUUCACCAUCAAACAGAUGCGUCAGGGUGCAUUCCUGGUCAAUACCGCGCGGGGUGGCCUGGUGGAUGAGAAGGCCCUGGCCCAGGCAUUGAAGGAGGGCAGGAUACGUGGAGCUGCCUUGGACGUUCACGAGACGGAGCCCUUCACUUUUGCUCAGGGCCCGCUGAAAGACGCUCCGAACCUGAUCUGCACACCGCACACAGCCUGGUACAGCGAGCAAGCCUCUCUGGAGAUGAGGGAGGCAGCCGCCACUGAGAUCCGAAGAGCUAUCACCGGCCGUAUUCCCGACAGCCUAAGAAACUGCGUCAACAAAGAGUUCUUUGUCACCACGGCACCGUGGGCAGUUAUGGAUCAACCAGGUGUUCACCCUGAGCUCAACGGCGCUGCCUACAGAUACCCACCGGGUGUAGUUGGAGUGGCUCCAGGCGGCAUUCCGGGGGCGUUGGAGGGCAUGGUGCCAGGUGGGGUGCCCAUCGCCCACACCCUGCCGUCUGGUACACACCCCUCCCAGGCCCCGUCGCCCAACCAGCCCUCCAAACAUGGCGAGACCAGAGAGCACCUCACCGAGCAAUAGCAGCAGAAGAGAUCCAAACAUCGCAUCCGACCUGUCGACGUUCAGAACUAACCAAUCGCAAAGCAACCGACCAACUGGGACCAAGAGACAGUGAAACAACACAAGCGGCUGCCUGUUAAAUCAGCCAGCAACUGGGAACAAAAGAAGUGUUCCGGGGGAAUUUGUACUUUUAACGUAUUCGUUUUUACUCUGUCUCUUUGGGCUCAGUACUGACUUUACUCUUUGAUGAUGAUGUUUUUUUUUUUAUUUUGUUUUUUUCUUCGGGACAUGCCUAUGAUUGUGGACACAGAGUCCAGUGUUUUUAGCGCUCCGGGAUUACCCAAUGAGACUCUGUCCUGCCCCUCCCCCUACACCUCAGAGCUCAUGGGAAACAUAAGUCCACAUCUCAACACACCAAUGGGUGAACAAGAGAAUAAAACUUUGGCAUCAUGUGCUACUGGACCUUAUUUCCCCUCCAACUCCCUCCUGAUCCUCCCCACCUCUCCUCUAACCAGCUCCAACCCUCCUUAUGUAACUAAUGUGUGUUGUUUAGGCCCCUCAUUAUGCCUCAGAAGAGAAUUAUUAAUUUUUUCUUUCAAUCUUCAGUGUGAAUGACUUAAAAUGGAUUAUUGACUUAUAUAUAUUUAUCAUUUGUCAAAUGAAAGGAAAAGAUUGCUCAUCAGUUAUAGUAAUCUAGAGUGGGUUUUAACCCUUUCCUGGCAAUAAUACAUAGAGUAUGACGGCUGUCACAGUUGCAGUUACAGGAUUUCACCACAUGAGGGCACUUCUACACAGUGCGAGGGAUUUCUGCACCUGUGAUCAAAGAAACCAUUAGUUGCUCCUAUGUUUCGAGUGAAUGUUUUUCUAAGCUGUCAGCAGUUAACACUAAACAAAACAUUCUAACUUUAUACAUUUUGAUUGUAGCAGAAUUUUGAGAUUAUAUGGAUUUAGAGGGAGCUGCUAGAUAAGUUUUUAACUUCGAGUUGGUGAUGUGUCAGUGUGACUGAGAGGAAAAACAUUUUAUAAUCGUAAAAAAAAAAAUAUAUAUAUAUUACUGAAGUUGGUGUAACGACAUCUGAUUCUUCUGUUGACAAAUGGACAUUUCUGAUAACCAAUGGACGACCAAUCUUAUUAGUGGCAGCAGCGCACAGAUUGUGACCCCCCCCCCCCUUCUUUGAGCACAUUUCUCACUAAAGACAGGAAAGGGUUAAAUCAAACUUAAUUUCUUAAUGACUCAGGAAAACACUUUUUUGCAGAUAUUGUUUAUUCCCAGAAUUUUGUCUUUGAGAAAAAAAACAAUUUAAGACUAAUCUGGUUAGUCUGGAUAUUUUCUCUCCUCCCUCAUUAUCUCCAUUGUGGUAUUUUUAUAUACAAGGCGCAUCCCACGUUUUUGGUGUUUAAAGAGUUUUGAAGAGUCCUGUUAGAUUUGUAUUGCCUAGUUAAAUGUUCCUAUAACCAUAGUCCUAUGUGAUCCACCCUCUCUCUUCUCUCCUUCUUAUAUUUUCUUUGUUCUAUUGAAGGCCAGGUUCUUUGGGGCAUCCUGUACUCUGUAAGAGCAAUAGCAGAAACUCCUACUUAGUGUCCCAACAAUAGCAGAAGAGGCAGCCAGCAGUAUGUUUUUGUUUUUAGUGUGAGUAUUUGUAUUUGUUUCUUGUACAAGGUGAACAUUUAGCAUUCAGUGCAGUUCAAAUAAAAGAUACGAUUCUGAGAA